GAGGAUCAGAUUCCUUCUUUCGAAUAAUCAUUUACAGACUACUCUCAUUCGCCUACCUCGCGUCAUUAAUUAUUGUUUUCACAGGGUGUACCCGCUCUUUGCGAGAUAUUCAACGUAAUGUUAUUUUCACCAAUGACAUUGAUUUCGACGCGCUGUUUUUACUCUAAUCGUUACCUUCCAAUGCCCAUCGAGCUUCCUCUAUUUGAGAUCUAUCCUGAGUUAUGUCGUACACGAUAACUCCACACCUCAUCAACUCCGUCAGUAGCGAAUCACGGUCACGCACGUCCCUUAUUAUCCGCGAGACGUCCUCCGGAGCGAGAUACUGCAAGGAUUUCAGGCCGUUUGUGAAAAAAAAAAAAAAAAGAAACCAAAUUAGAAGAGAUCAGAAUGACUCGAAGCAUUUCAUGAAGACCUCGUCGUCCAUGACAGUGCCGAUUAGUUCGUAUUUUCUGAGUGGUUCUCCCGUCCGAUCGGUGACAUCAUCGUCGUCCCCUUCCUCUCGUGCUUCAUCUCGUCCUUCGUCUUCUUCCGUCCCAACGUCGCCUUCGUCGUCCACCGUGGCGUCGAGGUUUUCGAAAUUACCUGAAUCGUAUAUCUGUUCUGGUACGACCUGUGAGCACAAUACAAGCUAUUAUACGGUCGCUCGUGAUUAGUUGUAUAAUAACGUGGUAAUCGCUCUGCAAGGGACGCAGGUCGAAACUCUCAGGGUGUAUUAUUUCAAUGGCAUCGUGUGCUUUAUUCAGCUCCCAUUAUUAACAUCACCCGCGGGAUCAUUUAAUUCCGGCGUGUAUGGCGUUCGCGGUAUACCGUGGCUAACGCGUCGGAGUACGUACCUAGCUUACGGAUCACUUCGAGCGGAAGCGGUGAAACAAGAAGAAAGGGAGGGCACCGAGGUAGGGAAGGGAAGUCGAGAGAUCAGUCGUAAAAUAGUAGUUGAUCUCGCUCGCCAGCUGCGUGCGUUAAUGUGGUACAUAAUUUAAUUGAUCUCUGGUACGUUUCGCGCUUGGGGGUCGAGAGCGACCGUAUAAGAGAACGUCGAGUUCCGAGCUUUGACGAGUCGUUCUUGAUGAAAUUAUAGGGGCGUACGGAAGCGGAUAAUAGGAAAAGUUUACCCGGGUUCUCAAAAUGGCAUCAUUUUAUCAUCGUCGCGAUAUUUUGCCCUCUACGCGGCGGUUGCGUUAUCGGUAUAAUCGGUGCGUAGGCUCAAGUUAUACGAGGUGCCAGGAUCUGCGGGUUCUGCAGUUACGAACUUUGAAAUAAGACGCGAUAUUCCGCAGCUCACCUCGGCAAAUUUUUUUCCAUGGUAGCUGUCUAUUUGAUUAACGAAAACUCGCCACGGUACGAAGGAUGAUUUUGGAUACGCCGUUUCCCGAUGGACCUCGUCAAAACGUGGGCGUGUUUCCGAGAUACCAGAGCCCGCUGCUUCAUCAUCGUUUCUGACGUUCUUUCGAAUCUUCGAGCCCCCCUUAAUCUUGCUAUUCGAGCUUUCAACCUUCGGCAUACCCCGCGACCCCUUUGUCAAGGUUACUCUUUAUCCAUUUUACCGUGUGCUGCACGAAGUGCGCAGUUUCUCUACUCGAAAUAUAAACGCCGCAAUUACCUAUGCGGCUAAGAACAAAGGAAAGUUUAAAUAUCAGCCUAUCGGCCUGAGAGCGAAGGAAUAUUAUUGAAAAACCGUCUCUUUCGCAGUUGAUAAAAUACGCCUCACGUGAAAAUAGGCACACUCGAAUGAUCUUUCGAUAAUUUUCACAUGGACGUUUCUUUUUUCUUCUUCAUAUUUAUCGCAGAGCUAUCUAUCCAUCGCAAGCAUUAUCGAAUGCGUAGUUCAUACGCUAGUGAACACUCCCCAGCUUUGAAGUCGCCGAGGUUUUGAACCAUGAAAUAACGGAGGGUCAACAGUUACAAGCGCGCUUGUGUGUACUCGCGAGGUAAAACAUAGCAGGGUCACAUCUCCGGGCGUUUCUCAUCUAACGGAGAGUGGACGGCCUUGAAGUGGCAGAAGAAGGGUGGUUGAAAAAAAAAAAAACAAUUGCGAAAUCAAUAACCCCGUUUCCGUCAGCCAUGCGGCUCUGCAAUUUUUCUACCGACAAAAUUUCAAUCGCCUUUAUAUUUCGUAUAAAACUUUCGAGUAGGAUACUUCCGCAAAAUGUCGCGAAAGCCGCCCUCCAUGGUGCUGUUCCCUUCGAAGAACGACGAAGAGGCAACGGUAUCAUCGCGAAAACCUAAAAAACGUUACGCCGUUAAGCCUCAAUCGAUUGUCGAGAGGUUUGACAAGAUGGCAAACGCUCAUAUCGACGAACGUGACGGCGGUUGCUCCACCGACGAUGAAACUGACAACGUUCUUUCGCAAGGUCACGAGUUGAAUCGACGUCUACCCGUCAAAACCGUCUCCAGGACCCUCGCCAGCAGCAUCACCGGAUUCGAUAUCGCCGAAAGUAUCGGAAUGCAGCAUGACGAGUUAGCCGAGGCCGUUGAAAAACUCAUAAAAGCUGAGGAGACGACUAGAUUCACCGAACUCGUCGUCGCAGCCGAAGCAGCCGUAGCUGUCGCUCCUCCCGAACUAGCCGAGGAAGCUGCACUCGCGGUCGCCCACGAGUAUCAAACCCAAAAUCUGAGCUUGAUCCAGGAAGAGAUCCCCGGAGAUACGAUCAUAGAAGUUAUCGGUUACGUCGGAAUAAGGAGACGGAAAGACGCCGGGUCGGACAACCGGUGCGUUGGCUGAUUCCCUCCCGCAAGCUCAAAAUAACUCAAUGUAAUGACACUCGUUCGAGAGGGUGUUGCGUGUGUAUGUGACAUGUCCGUUGUUCGAAUAAAGCUAGGUCUCUGAUUUUUUUUUCAAUUCGAUUACCCGCUAUACCACGCAACUCAUGUUAUACGUACAGGUCGCUAAGUGAAAUGAGAUAUAAAUGUGCGAUUUGAAAAAUGAAGGUGUUCCGGCAGUUGGUAAGAAGAAUAAAUGGAAAUCUUUAGCCAACUCGAUAAUGCAAAAUUCCGUGUAAAAUUUCCAAAACUCCUUCGCCCCAGUUGAGGACUUUUUCAUCCUAUGGAUUUCCAUUAUACGGAGAGGGAGGGAAAGACGAGAAAAGAAAAAAGUAAAAGAAAAUUUAUAAGAUUCAGGUUCCAUGAAUGCAAAUGAAUCGCGCUCGCCGCGCGAGGUCGUUGUAGGAAUUUUAAUUGAGUGAACGAUUCGCAACAAGAUUGUCCUCGCAAUUUCGCUCGCCUCAUCCCAAGUGUAAGCUAUACUGUGACGUGGGUACGUUGCGCGGAGAUCAAUUUCUGAAGAAAUCUGAUCCGAACUGAAGCGAAGGUGAGCUUGCGAAAAUAAAUGUCGACUCGUAGUUUAAAAAUUAUGAUAAUUUCCGUCCGGCGACGUAUCUAUAUGAUUUUUAAAGACCCAUUCGAAAUUCAUUCGUAAACUUUGGCGAUGGCAUAAUCGUUUGCAGGAGGAUAUGAAUUCAUUCGGCAGGUUCAUUUUGAAGAAACAGCAUAUUUUGAAAAUAUUGCAAAGACGGUUCUUUCAAUCUGACGGCGCAUGCAGAAGAAUGAAGAUCAAAAUUCUCUUCAUCGCGAGACGACUUCGCUGGAAAAUUAUUAAUCAAACGUACACAGCGUCUCGCUACUGUUCAACAGGAAAAGACUCUCGAUACGGCAUACGUAUAAUAUAGAUACGCCAUAUAUCUAUAGGUAUUAUAUAGAAACUUCGAAGGCAUUGUGCCCAGAUAAAUCUGGGUCGCAGAACUCAUGACACUGGAGGCAUUUCAAGUUAAGAUCUGUUUUGAAUUAAGAUUGUCUUUCCGGUAAGAUUCCAUCCUCGACGAGGGUUGCCUAUACCGUGCACGGUAUAACUCCUUUCUACGUGUGCACGUUUCUCCUAGAAUUUCUCUAUUACCAAUCUGCGUCGCCAUCGCUGUGCUGUGUUUUAUUCGCACGUAGUGUAUACCUCAUGCCGCCCGGUGCAGUGUCCGCAUCCUCAUGUAGCAGGUGUUAUCCGAUCGUAUGCAAAUUUCAACUUAUCAAUAAUAGCGCGCGAUUCGAAUUGGAAAUGAUUCAAAGGAUCGUGCGAAUUGGAGUCCGUACCUCGCUACCCAUACGUUCCCCAUAGGUACGUACAUGCAUAUACACGAACGUACGUAUUACACAAGUUACUCGGGUCACGGUUGAGCUAAUCGAAACGACGAACGACCAGGGGGUUACUGCCGUUGCCUCCGGAAUAUUGGGUCAAAAAGUGGCGAACGCAUUCGCAACGGUACAAACUUCCGUAACUGAUGACAAUUUGUCGACAUCAAAGGGAGCUUCGUCCUUUACCUUUAAAGCCUCUCCCAAGGUUCUCCGGAAUCAAUGAUUUCACCGAGGUUGAUUCUACAGUGAAUUUUUAUCGAAGGAGUAUACAUCCAACCCGUGUAACAAAAACCAUUUUGGCCUUAUUUCCCCGACUCGUGUUACAUCUGUGGAAAGAAUUUCUCUCUCGAUUCCACUAGGCGAAGCUAAUUUCACUUUGUCUUCGCCG